GUGUAUCCAAAAUCAUUCAUAAUUACAAUUACAAAAUGACUAAAUUAUUAUUUUUAAUUGCAAAACAAAUCGUAAUUGGGAUAGUGCUAAUAACAAUGGUAAAUUCCAAUAAAAUCGGAACGAAUUUAGAUAACAAAAAAUCAGACCUCGGUUUCAACUUUAAUCCGAAGACUUUAAAUAUCGAAACAGUUUCGAAUUGGUCGAUAUCUGUAUAUUUAACCGGUAUUUCUCCCAGUAACGACCAAAGACAGCACGCUGUUAUUGUCUACGAUAUUUCCGAGGUAAUUGUAAAACAUGGAGAUAAUAAGUGGACAGCAAACUUUUACCUAGGAAAUUCGGAAAAUGUGAGCAUGUACACAGAAGAACCUAUUAAUUUUUAUCGAGAGAUAAGAAAAACGAUUACAUCGGAAAAUAAUACUGUGAAGACUGAUUUAUUAGUAAGCAAUACUGAAAUUAUUAUGUGUAACGUCGAUUUUAGUAACCUAAGCAUUCCAUCGGUUUUUGACUAUAAUGCCACAAUUUUAACACAAAUUAGUAUUACUUAUCCGAGUAAUAAAAACGUUGAAGAUAUUAAUUUGGAAGAUCAUUCAAAUUACGUGGACUCGUUAAGGGAAAAUUUAUUAUUAAUCGGAGAUUUCAAUCGUAUUAACGAUGGAUUUCAGUGCGAUAGCAGCGGUUGCUCCAGUGAUAUUGAUACAUUAAUUCAAUACGAAUAUUUCCCAUUAAUUGAAGAUAUUCAAUCUGUUAGUGUAAAAUCCAUUCAAACCAAGACUGGUCACAAACAGGAUGUUACUAAAGAUACUACGACAUUGGUUUAUAAUACGGAAAUGAUAAUUAGAUUGGUCAUGAGCAUUCAUUAUAAUGAUACCAUUUUGGAUGAUUUAAGUAAUUAUAAUUAAUAAAUGUGUUUCAUGAAAAUAUAUUUAUGAGUUUU